GCAUCUGUAUGAGAGAGAAGAGUGGAUUCAGUCUUGGGUUGGGUUUCUUUUUAAUAUUAUUUAAAUGUAUAAUAUAUAUUUUCUCUUUUUAAAUGUAUUAAAAGAGAUUUUAGGGUAAUUAUUUUUCUCCAAUAUCCUGUAUAUAUUGUAUAUGCUUGUGUGUGUGUGUGUGUGUGUGUGUGGAAACAGCUGACCAAGACAGAGUACUCUUGAGUGGGAAUUCUUGAGAUGCAUUGUACCUUCAACACCAUCCCUGAAGAAGCACUGACUUUUCAAAACACUUUUUAGAAACUGAAACAUUCUGAUGUGUUAGAUUUUUCAAAAAUAACCAAUAAUAAUAAUUGAGGAGAGGCCCAUUAAGAACUGAAGCAAUCAUGUCUGGAGAGGUACGCUUGAGACAGUUGGAACAGUUUAUUUUGGAUGGACCAACUCAGACAAAUGGGCAAUGCUUUAGUGUGGAAACGCUGCUGGAUAUACUCAUCUGCCUUUAUGAUGAAUGUAAUAAUUCACCCCUGAGGAGAGAGAAGAAUAUUCUGGAGUAUCUAGAAUGGGCCAAGCCUUUCACGUCUAAAGUGAAACAGAUGCGACUACAUAAAGAAGACUUUGAAAUCUUGAAGGUGAUUGGCCGAGGAGCCUUUGGGGAGGUUGCAGUAGUAAAAUUGAAAAAUGCAGAUAAGGUAUUUGCCAUGAAAAUAUUAAAUAAAUGGGAGAUGCUGAAAAGAGCUGAGACAGCUUGUUUUCGAGAAGAGAGGGAUGUGUUAGUGAACGGAGAUAACCAAUGGAUUACAACAUUGCACUAUGCCUUUCAGGAUGAAAACUAUUUAUACCUGGUUAUGGAUUAUUAUGUGGGUGGUGAUCUGCUUACCUUGCUUAGUAAGUUUGAGGACCGAUUACCUGAAGAAAUGGCUCGCUUUUAUUUGGCUGAAAUGGUAGUAGCAAUUGAUUCUGUACAUCAACUGCAUUAUGUCCACCGGGACAUCAAGCCAGACAACAUCCUGAUGGAUAUGAAUGGACAUAUUCGGUUAGCAGAUUUUGGUUCUUGUCUGAAACUGAUGGAAGAUGGAACGGUUCAGUCUUCAGUGGCAGUUGGAACACCAGAUUAUAUCUCUCCAGAAAUCCUGCAAGCCAUGGAAGAUGGGAAAGGAAAGUACGGUCCUGAAUGCGACUGGUGGUCCCUUGGUGUUUGCAUGUAUGAAAUGCUUUAUGGUGAAACACCCUUUUACGCAGAAUCCUUGGUGGAGACAUAUGGAAAGAUAAUGAACCACAAAGAGAGGUUUCAGUUUCCUGUCCAAAUGACGGAUGUGUCUGAAAAUGCCAAGGACCUAAUUCGAAGACUCAUUUGUAGCAGAGAGCAUAGACUUGGGCAGAAUGGAAUAGAAGACUUCAAAGGCCACCCAUUUUUUUCUGGGAUUGACUGGGAUAACAUUCGAAACUGCGAAGCACCUUACAUCCCUGAAGUUAGCAGUCCAACAGAUACAUCAAAUUUUGAUGUAGAUGAUGAUUGUUUAAAGAAUUCUGAGACAAUGCCCCCACCAACACAUACUGCAUUUUCUGGCCAUCAUCUGCCCUUUGUAGGAUUCACAUAUACAAGUAGCUGUGUCCUUUCGGACCGCAGUAGUCUAAGAUACGCAGCUGGGCAACGGGCUAUGGAUCUUGAUGCCAACGUUCAAAGGACACUUGAGGAUACCUUAGCAACAGAAGCAUAUGAGAGGCGAAUAAAGCGCCUGGAGCAGGAAAAACUUGAACUUAGCAGAAAACUACAAGAGUCCACGCAAACAAUCCAGGCCCUGCAUUAUUCAACUGUAGAUGGUCCAUUAACAGCAAGCAAAGAUUUAGAAAUUAAAAGCCUAAAAGAAGAAAUCGAAAAACUAAGAAAACAGGUGACUGAUUCUGGACGACUGGAGCAGCAGCUUGAAGAGGCCAGUUCUGCAAGGCGAGAAUUAGAAGAUGCUUCCAGACACAUCAGAACAUUUGAGAAGCAAAUCAAAGCACUAAAGCAAGAAAGGGAUGAUCUUAAUAAGGAACUAAUUGAGUCUAGUGAAAGAUUAAAGGCCCAAACCAAAGAGUUGAAAGAUGCACACAGCCAACGGAAACUGGCUAUGCAGGAAUUCUCCGAGAUGAAUGAGCGACUUACUGACUUGCAUUCACAAAAACAGAAACUUACUCGUCAAGUCAGAGAUAAGGAAGAAGAGAUGGAAGUGGUGAUGCAAAAAGUAGAGAGCUUGAGGCAAGACCUACGCAGAACAGACAGAAUGAAAAAGGAACUGGAAGUUCAUGCUGAAGCUGCAGCUGCUGAGGCAUCCAAGGACAGGAAAUUGCGUGAGCGAAGUGAGCAGUACUCUAAGCAGCUGGAAAAUGAGUUAGAAGGACUAAAGCAAAAACAAAUUGGUCGCUCCCCAGGGGUGAGCAGCACAGAACAUCAACAAGAGAUCACCAAAUUAAAAUCUGACUUGGAGAAGAAAAGCGUAUUUUAUGAAGAAGAGAUAUCUAAACGAGAACUAAUACAUUGUAAUGAAAUAAAAAAUUUGAAGAAGGAACUGCGUGAUGCAGAAAGCCAACAACUUGCUCUCAAAAAAGAGAUCCUAAUCUUGAAAGACAAGUUAGAAAAGACAAGGAGAGAAAGCCAAAGUGAAAGAGAAGAAUUUGAAACAGAGUUCAAACAGAAAUAUGAACGGGAGAAGAUUCUGUUGACAGAGGAGAACAAAAAGCUUUCUGCUGAGCUUGAUAAGCUUACAGCCAUGUAUGAGAGACUAAGUAUGAGCAACCGGCAACUGGAAGAAGAGAUGAGAGAUCUUGCCGACAAGAAAGAAUCUGUAGCGCACUGGGAAGCCCAGAUCACAGAGAUCAUCCAGUGGGUAAGUGAUGAAAAGGAUGCCCGAGGCUAUCUCCAGGCCUUAGCCUCCAAAAUGACUGAAGAACUAGAGGCCCUGAGGAACUCCAGUUUGGGGGCAAGAGCAACAGACAUGCCCUGGAAGAUGCGGCGUUUUGCAAAACUGGAUAUGUCUGCAAGGUUAGAGCUACAGUCAGCCCUUGAUGCAGAAAUACGAGCCAAACAAGCCAUUCAAGAGGAGUUAAAUAAAGUUAAAGCUUGCAAUAUUGCAACAGAAUGCAAACUACAGGAAUCUGACAAGAAGAACUCUGAUCUAUUGUCAGAAAUAGAGAGACUGAAAAAAGAGACAGAAGAACUCCGAUCAGAAAAGGGUGUAAAGCACCAAGACUCACAGAAUUCUUUCUUGGCAUUUUUGAAUGCGCCUACCUCUGCUCUGGAUCAAUUUGAACGCUCUCCUUCCUGUAUUCCAGCUCACAAAGGCAGACGUAUUGAUUCUGUUGAAAAUUUUACCUUAUCUAAUACGCCUUCGCGGGAUGAAGAUAUCAAGUGUCACCUUCAUUCAAGAUCUAGGUCCCCUUCCACAGCUAGUGACAUUGAACCAAUUGAGGUUUCAGAUCAUCCUCUGCGUCCGGUUCACACACCAACCAUGAGGUCACCAUAUAUUGGUUCAGGACUCUCUGUGCCAAAGCCGAAGGCCCAUCAGUUUGUAGUGAAAUCCUUUAAUACCCCUACCAAAUGCAAUCAGUGCACAUCUUUGAUGGUUGGCUUAAUAAGACAGGGCUGUACCUGUGAAGUGUGUGGAUUUUCAUGCCAUGUGACCUGUGCAGACAAGGCACCAGCGGUGUGUCCAAUUCCACCUGAACAGACAAAGGGUCCUUUGGGUAUUGAUCCACAGAAAGGCAUAGGAACGGCUUACGAAGGCCAUGUCCGAGUCCCAAAACCAGCUGGAGUGAAGAAAGGCUGGCAAAGAGCUCUGUCUGUUGUCUGUGACUUCAAGCUCUUCCUUUAUGAUAUUGCAGAAGGAAAAGCAUCCCAGCCCAGUGUGGUAGUGAGUCAGGUUCUUGAUAUGAGGGAUGAAGAAUUCUCAGUGAGUUCUGUCUUGGCUUCUGAUGUCAUCCAUGCAAAUAGAAAAGAUAUUCCCUGUAUCUUUAGAGUUACAGCUUCCCAGCUAUCAGCAUGCAGUAACAAGUGUUCAAUCCUGAUCCUGGCUGACAGCGAGAAUGAAAAGAGCAAGUGGGUAGGAGUCCUAAAUGAACUACACAGGAUUUUAAAGAAGAACAAGCUCAAAGAUCGUUCAGUCUAUGUUCCCAAAGAGGCCUAUGACAGCACCUUGCCCCUCAUUAAAACCACCCAGGCGGCAGCCAUCAUAGAUCACGAAAGAAUAGCUCUGGGCAAUGAAGAAGGGUUAUUUGUGGUUCAUGUCACCAAGGAUGAGAUAAUUCGUGUCGGUGACAAUAAGAAAGUGCAUCAGAUUGAGCUCAUCCCAAAUGAGCAGCUAAUUGCAGUGAUCUCAGGACGAAACCGUCAUGUACGGCUAUUCCCUAUGACAGCCUUGGAUGGACGAGAGACUGAUUUUUAUAAACUGGCAGAGACUAAAGGUUGCCAGACGAUAGUUUCUGGGCAAGUGCGCCAUGGAGCCCUUACCUGCCUGUGUGUGGCAAUGAAAAGACAGGUCCUCUGCUAUGAACUAAAUCACAGCAAGACACGACACAAAAAGAUUAAAGAGAUCCAAGUGGCUGGGAAUGUCCAGUGGAUGGCAAUCUUUAGUGAGCGGCUCUGUGUGGGCUACCAGUCAGGAUUCUUAAAAUACCCUUUGCAUGGAGAAGGAAACCCACAUAGUUUGCUUCACCCAGAUGAUCACACACUGUCGUUCAUUGCACAGCAACCAACUGAUGCCAUCUGUGCAGUUGAGAUCUCGAAUAAGGAAUACCUGCUGUGUUUUAGCAGCGUGGGGGUUUAUGUCGACUGCCAAGGUCGAAGAUCAAGGCAACAGGAACUGAUGUGGCCUGCAACUCCUUCCUCUUCCUGUUACAAUGCCCCAUACCUCUCAGUAUAUAGUGAAAAUGCCGUUGAUAUAUUUGAUGUGAACUCCAUGGAGUGGAUUCAGACUAUCCCCCUCAAGAAGGUACGUCCUUUGAACACAGAAGGAUCGCUGAAUGUCCUUGGACUAGAAACAGUGAGGUUAAUAUAUUUCAAAAACAAGAUGGCAGAGGGUGAUGAGCUGGUGGUUCCUGAGACAUCCGAUAACAGCCGGAAGCAAAUGGUCCGAAAUAUCAACAAUAAACGCCGUUACUCAUUCAGAGUGCCUGAGGAGGAGAGGAUGCAACAGAGGAGGUCGGGAGAUGCUACAGAUCCAGAAAUGAGAAAUAAAUUAAUUUCUAAUCCAAACUUUAACCACAUAGCACACAUGGGCCCAGGAGAUGGUAUACAAAUCCUCAAAGAUCUACCUAUGCCAAGCUCCCCUUAUCCGCCCUCUCAUCAUCACUCCCAUCUCAUCUCUUCUCCAAGCAACUUCGAGCACAUCUAUCACAUGACUGUUAACUCAGCUGAAAAUUUCCUCUCCCGUGAUUCCAUAAACCGUGCAUAUUCCCCACCUCUACGCUCUGUCCCUCGUACACCAGCCUUUAUGAAUAUAAGGAACCUUCGACCUCAGGAAAGUCGGACCAUGUUUAGUGGUUCUGUCAGUAUUCCAUCGAUAAAAUCCCGCACUGAACCCGGACGCUCCAUGAGUGCUAGCAGUGGUUUGGCGGCAAGAUCAUCUGCACAAAAUGGCAGUGCUUUGCGGAGGGAAUUCUCUGGAGGUAGCUAUGGAGCAAAGCGUCAGCCGAUGGCAUCCCCUUCGGAUGGCUCCUUGUCCUCUGGCGGUUUGGACCAAGGCAGUGAUGCACCAGCGAGGGACUAUGAGCGAGAGGACUCUGACUCUCCAAGGCAUUCGACAGCUUCUAACAGCUCCAACCUGAGCAGUCCUCCCAGCCCAUCUCCUCACAAGACCAAGAGCCUCUCCCUGGAGAGCUCUGACCACGCAAGUUGGGACACAUGAACUGCUUCAGCACUCAGAUUUUACAUCUCAGCAGCUUACUGUCCCCAUGACUCUCCGUUUGCUCUCACUGUCAUCGCCCCCCAGCUUCCCUCCAAAAGCAGACUAGGGGAGGGAGGGGGGGAAGAGAGUAUAUCUUGUCUUCUCUGACACAAGCAGCGUAAGCUCCCCCCUCAUUCAAAAGUAGCAGCAAGCAAGAGAAAACCUGGAGGAGGGCAGAGUGGGGGGGGGUUGGUAUACAAGAGAUAUUGGUAUUUGUAUUAGUAUCUAUUUUAUUUCAUAGGGUUACAGCUGUUUCCAUUUUUAUGGGUAUAUUCCACACCAUGCCACUGUUCCAAACAAAACAUAGUAGUAUUAGACUGACCAAAACAGAAUCUGAAAGAGAGAACCAGAUUUUGCUUUGAGGCACACAAUAUCUCAUUGUAUUUUUUCAAGAGUUAGCACAGCAACACCCACCCAUCUCUGGUGAUGGGGCAAAAUUUGCCCUGCAGGGGCAGAUAACGCACGCUUUCAGCAACCACUCUAUUUGAAUGUCAAUCUGAUUGUUGCCAGCAAAUCCUUAUUGAUUUAAAAAGAAAUGAUGCAUAUUUUACUACAGUAGAGUUUAAGUAAAUACGCAAAAUUAAGAGUUAGUACAUAUGUAUAUAAUAAAAGAAGAAGCAUUGUGAUGCAGCGAAAGAUGGAUUCCUAUUUAAGAGAUCCUUUAAUUUAAGAAGACUUGUGUUGUUCCCUUUUUCAUACUAAAUAAUCUAUGGAUUGAGGAUGUGAUCUGGAUAUAGAACAUGGCACUGGAUAAAAACAGCCUGGAGGGAGAUUCCAUCUUCACAAUGUUCUCUGUAACAUUACCUUCUUGUCGGUAGAUGAACUAAAGCCAUAAUUCUCACUUUUUAACUAUAUCUCCCUCUUCUACUGUCUGCUUCACUGUACAAGCAAAACUCAUGAUCUGCUGGUCGACAAGCCUGAAGUGAGCUCAAGGGCAGUUUUGCAGAGAAUCAGUAUUCAGCCCCGAGCAAAACUGAAGUAAAUGCAGCCAAAGCCAGCACAAAUAGAUAACUAGUUUGGGGAGGGUUGGGGCUGGGUUUCCAAACUCAUCUGGCCAAUUAAUACUAGUAACCACUAGCUUGUAAGCUGACUUUCCAAAUUUUAGUGAUCAGCCUACAUCAGUCAAAUUCAAACAGCACUGGUCUUGAAAUAGAAUCUUUUAAAUAUAUAACUUGCUGCUCUAGCUCACUGAAGGCUAUAACGUGCUGUUGGUCUUCAAAAUUUGCUAGAACGCCGGGUGGUUCAGGACGCCUAUUCUGAAGAGUUUUAUUACGUCAUCCCUGCUCUCCCACCGGGCCUGACCUAGUGUGUUUAGUGCUAUUAUUGCCGUGAAAUACUGUGACGAUUGGAUCCCACAGAGAAGCACUUGGCAGGGCAAAGCAUUCCUCUCUGGAGAGAGCAGACAGUGGAGGUCCAUCACCACCUAAAUAAACAGUAGCAAG